AUCGUUUCUAAGUUGUAAUAAGCAUUACUCCCAAACGUCACGUACUAAAGACAAUGUGUUCCUGUGGUAAAUUUUGAUUUAUUCUGAAAGUAAAAACCAGAAUGAGUGAAAGUGAAAGUGAAAUGGUUGGUGGGAGGGUAAAAUGUAUUUAGUACUACCACUCCAAAAUAAAGAGAGAGAUAGAGAGAGAAUAGCUACUUACGCCGGCGCCGGACUUUAGAUUGAACGGAGAAUUAACGGCCGAUAGGGAGGAGAAGAAGAUGGUGAAAGCAAUCGUAGCGCCGUCGAUGCUGUCAUCGGACUUCGCUAAUUUGGCAUCUGAAGCACAACGCAUGCUCAAUUGCGGUGCUGAUUGGCUUCACAUGGACAUCAUGGACGGUCACUUUGUCCCAAACCUUACCCUUGGUGCUCCAGUUAUCGAGAGUCUGCGAAAGCAUACAAAGGCAUAUCUGGACUGCCACCUCAUGGUCACUAAUCCCCUUGAUUAUGUGGAGCCGUUAGGCAAAGCUGGUGCCUCAGGGUUUACUUUCCAUGUUGAGGCAUCUAGAGAUAAUUGGCAAGAGCUUGUUCAACGGAUAAAGUCUAAGGGCAUGAAACCUGGAGUUUCUUUGAAGCCUGGUACACCAAUUGAGGAAGUGUACCCACUGCUUGAUGGUGAAAACUCUGUCGAACUGGUCCUAGUGAUGACUGUUGAACCUGGAUUUGGCGGACAAAAGUUUAUGCCAGAGAUGAUGGAUAAGGUACGGACUCUCAGAAAGAAGUAUCCAUCGCUUGAUAUAGAGGUGGAUGGUGGUUUAGGACCUUCAACCAUUGAGGCUGCAUCAUCAGCUGGAGCAAACUGCGUUGUUGCAGGAAGUUCAGUGUUUGGAGCUCCUGAUCCAGCACAAGUCAUAAGUUUGAUGCGGAAUAGUGUGGAGGAAGCUCAGAAAAGGAGUUAAAUACUGGAAAAGGCAAGCUCUCAUGUUGUACUUAUGGCCGUUAAAAGCGAUUCCGAUUAUAUAUUUUCGAUUACGUGCAGGAUAUCAACAUCUUGAGAUACCUGCACUUGUUGAGUUAUCAAUGUUGUAUUUGCUGAAUAAUGUUAAACAUGUACUUUGUCACAUCAUCUAAAAUUUCCCACAUAUAUUGAGUUAACCAAGUUGUAUUUCUUAAUAA